CACACCUAAUCAUAAAAUUAUUUAAGACAAAUAAAAGAAAAAUGUCUGUACAUUUUGCAAGAUUAGUGCAGCAAGCAAAAAUUACCUUUGAUCAGUGCAAUUCCGUUCAAUUUGCCUCUAAUUUUGCUUCCCUGCAGAAAUUGGUGGACGAUUUGAAGGUGACGGACAUCAAUAUUAAUCCGGAAAUCUUUUCCCGGAGAGCCUUCGAAGUGCGUGAGAAGGCUCCUUGCAGUUUUGUCAACAUCUACGAAUGCCCAAUCUUCUCCAUGAGUGUCUUCAUCUUGGCUGAGAAUUACACGAUGCCUCUGCAUGAUCAUCCUCAAAUGUAUGGCUUUCUCAAGUGCAUCUCGGGCAGUGUUAGAGUCCAGAGUUUUACCAGUAUAAAGGAUGAGCCUCCAAUUGACAACUCCUCAACACUCAGGACAAUCUCCGUCCAUGUUAAUCAACCAAAACUAUUGGAUUCUUCAUCACCUGCAUCGGUUCUAACUCCCCGGGAAGGCAAUUUCCAUGAGAUUACUGCCAUAUCCGGAAUGCCUGGAGCCUUCUUCGAUAUCCUAAGCCCGCCAUAUGAUUCCCGGCUUCCGACUUUUGGCAAGAGAAAAUGCUCAUUCUACAGGAAAACCCAAAUAUCCGGUGAAUGUAUACUCGAAAAAAUACCCACUCCAUUGCACUACUACUGCGACAAUAUACACUACGAACCUCCGCCCUUCUUGAGAGAUGAUUAAACCAUUAAACAACUGUUACAUAUUACAACUAAGAUUAAUUAUAAACCAGCUUGUUCCAUUAAAAAUUAUUAAAAA